GGACACAACAUCCACAGGAUACACACGCGUGGACUAAUUUCAGUAGAAAAGAGAACCGACGGCGUCCACGAUGAGAAGUCAUUCUCUGCUGAGUUUCCCCGCGGUUCUGGUUCUGCUGCUCAGCACGCCGAGGCAUACCGCCACCUUUCAAGGCGCUUUCCCGUACCCGAACAAAUCCAACCCGAACGAACCGGAGCGCUGCCAGCCACCCCCGAUCAGCGGACUCAUUUCUCGGGGGAUGCCGCCCGGAGCCGCCACCGAGGAGGUUCUGGAGUCCAGUCAGGAGGCGCUGCACGUCACGGAGCGUCGGUACUUGCGGCUGGACUGGUGUAAGACCCAACCACUCAAGCAGACCAUCCACGAAGAGGGAUGCCUGAGCCGAACCAUCAUCAAUCGGUUCUGUUACGGCCAGUGUAACUCCUUCUACAUCCCGCGGCACAUUUACCAGGACGGAAACGCCUUUGAGUCCUGUUCGGCGUGCAAACCCAAAACCUUCAGCACGGUCACUUACACGCUGGUCUGCCCCGGACAGACGCCCGGGACCAGGAAGAAACGGGUCCAGCGCGUAAAGCAGUGCAGGUGCACUACAAUUAACACGGCUUAGAACCCAAAUGGACCCUUCCGUUUCCACUGGGAAGGAAAAGAACGUUUUCCAAAAUCUUUUUGGUGACUCUUUGCAAGGCUGCAGGAAUUCAAAUUUAUUAACACCAGAGGAAGCUCCUAAAAACAUUUUCAUCUUUAUAUUAAUACCACUUCUAAAUAGAAUGGACUCGGAACAAUCCCAUUAAGGAUCUGACUGUGCACGUUCCUGAAGACGAUCUACUUUUUAAACAUACAUGGAUGUUGCCAAUGAGAAUAUAAUUGCUUUUAAUACUGCAUUAAACUCAUAAAGUGUAAAAGCAUGUGAAUAAAAUAAAUGAGUCAUUAUCUCGAUCAGUCGAUUUAAAAAAACAUUUUUAUACCACACAAACAUGAUUUGAUUUUUGUAAAUAAUUAAUACAAUAGUUAUGUGGACUGGGUUGACAUAUGACAUAAAUGAUAAAAUACAAAGUCAUCUAUUUGAUCACAGAAAGGGCGAUUU